UUUGGUUUCAUACUAAAAGUUUAAAUCAAUAAUUUAGACGUUUACGUCACAAAUGACGUCACGUUUGUUGAUAUGUGCGGUUGAUUUGAUCGCCUCUCAGUGUUAAUAUUUAAAGUACUGAUCAUAGAAUGCAAUAUGAAGAUAUCUACGCCCAGAUAUACAGUUUGCCUUUUCUUUCAACUAACUUUUUUGCUCUGUGACUUAAUAUUUAACUGCGCCAGUCUUUUUCCCAGAAGUCGUGAUGGGCUCCUCGUAUUAUUUAUCUUCCAGGACCUGUUCCUUGUGCUGUCCAUCACGAUGUUGCUGAUGACUUUCUUUUCCACCUAUUUAUUUCAGGCUGGCCUAGUGGAAGUUCUCGCGCGUCGUUUCCGCGCAGCCGGGUGCGCCUGCGCUAUAUACGCCGGUGUGUGUGCAGCGCUCCAUGCUGCGUGCCUGUUGCAUGCUUCUUCCACGCCUGGUCCAAGCUCCUCACCCACAUUAAUGCUGCUGUUCACACUACAGCGAUGUUUAUCUCCAUGGUACUACUUCCUAUACAAGCGUGCAGCACUGCGAGUUAGCGACCCGCGGCUGUAUGAGGAUGUGGACUGGUUGCCGCGCCCGCAGGCCAGGGACCCACCCUAAAGUAACACUAAUUAUAUCAUCAACAUCAUUGUAAAUACAACUGAUCAUUAGUAAAUCUUAUUGCAAUGAUGGAAGAUUUAAUAAUGAUCAGUUGAAUAUGUAUGCUGCUCUAAGCAUGAAGGUAUAGUCUAUUUCAAUUUUUUUUUUUAUUAUUAUUAAAGCUUUAUUCCUUCCAUACAUUUAAGUUUUAUAAAUAUAUUAUUUGACAUGAAACUAUGAUAGUUUUAUAUGGACCCCGUUUGGGUAAAAGCCUCCUCCAACCCAUGCCAUUUUUCACGGUCUUUGGCUGACUCCAUCCAGCUUGCACCUGCGACCUUAUGAAUAUCUUCUGUGAAAUUGAAAUAGACUUUACUAUUAGCGCUUUGUUGUUUUGUGCGGUAUGCGCGUACGUUAAACGCCGCUUGUUACUUACAUUUCCUACGUUAACCUGUGUUUUUGUAUCACAGAUGCUAAAAAUUACAGCUUGGUGGGCCCAUACACUACCCAGCCAUCCUGUUUUUGUACUAAAAUGGCUUGACAAUUUAAUGGGAUACAAAAAUUAGAUUUAUUCACGAGUCUCAAGUUCUUAAUGCAUUAUUAUAGUCAGAAGCGUAAUUGGGUACUUGCCUACUAGUCAAAUCAGUUUCUUUUUAAGAACUGUCAAAUCGACUUGCCAAAAUGGAAUUUAUAUGAAAACGAGUUUAACAUCUAGUGACGUCACGUUCAACUCGCCUACUUUUUAUAUUUCAAUCCGAUCUAUUAAAUAGAAACUGUGUUUAAAACUAACUGCUAUCUAUGUUUUCUUAAUAAUUAUCUGGUGCUUUAUUUCGUACACGGUGUGAAAUAAUUUAUUUUAAGUAGAGGAAAGUACCCAAUUUAUAUUUAAGUAUAGUUAGUCAAAGAUAUUAAGAAAGGUUUAUUAUGCACAAAUGAUAAGAAAUAAUAUUUGUUAUUUAUUGUCAAAGCAAAGAGUUUUAGUGGGAGAGUUGUAAAGCUAAGGAUUCUUAUUGCCUCAAAUUGGCGGCUGAAGUAUGUGGCGCUGUAGUAUUGUGGGAAAUGGAUUGUCACACAUUAGCACUUGACUAAUUCGUUACUGUUUUUUCCUAUAAGUUAUAUUUCAUAAUUUCUAGUCAGUCUACCAUACAAUUAUACAGUGGAGACAUAAACAUUUAUAAGUCGACUAUUUUACUGAGACGGGUGGUACCAAACUGUUAUGAAUAGCUAAAGCAUGUCCGAUUUUUUACAGAUUAAGUUCGACAUAGUCUUACAAUGGCGUACUUGCUCUUAGAAAUGCGGACAGGCUAUUCAAACCAAUUGAAAGUAUUGUUGCAUGCAACUUUUUUGUAUGAAAGUAACCAAAUGAGAAGUAAAAAGAUUUACACAGCGCGCAACUACUUUACCAACCGGCCGAGUUAAAUGGUAGAUCUAUAAACAUAGGGGCCAAUAUAUGAAAGACUAAGGGAAAUGAUUACAUUUAGUCUAGAAGUUUAAAAAAAAUGUUUUCACUGUCUUAGUUCCUUUUUCUGUCAACUAUUGUAAUUGUAUAAGUUUCUUCACAUUAAUGUCGGUCGGGGCACAGAGGCAAGUGCGCUAAUGGGCCAAAUUCACCUUUCCUAAAAUUAUUUUGGUGGAGGAAUUGAUCUCUGAACUCAUAUCUUUAAUUAUAGUUAAUAACAUUGUAGAUAGGAUGUUAACUGUUUUCUAAUAAGAUUCUAUUUGAUGUGAAAGAUUUUCAUGUGGUGUUGAAUAAAACAAGGCAUUCGUGUA